AUGUACGCAGACAUCAGCAAACCUCCAGCUCCUCUUCCGCAGUCUGAAUUGAAGACGGUUGGAAGCGGGGUUUCAUCACUGUCACCCCUCUCUCGCCGUGGAGUUGGACCGGGCCUCAUUCUUCUUGUCCCUUCAGUCGACAAUGCACUAGCAAUUGAGGAAGGCGUACCCGCGCUGCCCCUGAAAUGGGCCGAGGAGGGGUACACAGUCAUUGCUGUUCAGCCAACAGCGUUCGAAAAUGGCAUACGCGAGACGCUCGAUCUUGCCAUUCAAACAUUUCGGAAGAGUGAUAAGUGCGACCCAAAAGAUGUGGCUGGCCUUGUUGCGUACGAACCAGAAAUGUGGAACACGGUUGCGCCGAUCCUAUCUGAAUUCCCAGAAAUCGUGAGCACAGUGGUGUACGCCGAUGGCUCAGAAAGGUCAUCAAUCUCCAGUAGCUCUUCGCCCACAGUCUAUCACUUUGCUGGAAAAUCCGAACGACAGCCCUUGCGGUCAAAGAGCCGAACGGAAUACUUUUACCCAGCAGCCCAGUCCUUCAAAUUCGCAACUCCUCCCAUUUUUGACUUGGAGGCUAUUUGGGAUGAGCAUACUUGGUAUGAGUUCGCCGAUAGAUUUGUGGAGCACACUAUGAGCACAAUGGUGCAAGACCCAUACGUCAACCACAUCCCAACGUUGACCGGUGGUGUUGGUCGCAACAAGCUGACUGACUUUUAUCGUCACAAUUUCAUCUUCAAUAACUCAGCCGACACGGAAUUGGAGCUCAUUAGUCGAACCAUCGGCAUCGAUCGUGUAGUUGACGAGUUCAUUUUCAAGUUCACACACGAUCAGGAGCUUGACUGGCUGCUCCCGGGAGUUCCACCAACCAAUAAAUACGCUGAAAUCCCAUUUGCUGCCGUUGUCAACAUCCGAGGUGAUCGCCUGUACCACGAGCAUAUCACUUGGGAUCAAGGUACAGCCUUGGCUCAAUUGGGGCUCCUUCCAGAGUACCUUCCUUUCCCCGGGGGUAAUCUCCAGUACAGGGUCCCUGUAGCGGGCGUGGAGACAGCGAUGGAGUUGAGAGCACGAAAUUCUGUUCCGUCGAAUGAUAUGUUCAAGUUUGCGACACGCUCUGCAGACAGCGAAACAAAUUUCCUCAAUUGA